AUGGCGCAAGUUUCGCACGGCAAUUCACCAUUGCUUGUCGCCCAAGGUAGCCGACCAGCUGAAAGCAGGACAAAGUUUGAGAGCGGACAGUUGCCCCACGAUGCCCUCAAGGAGAAUCAAACCGAGACCGAGUUCUACUACCACAUCCGCAGAUAUGCAACGUCCGUUAUGAUGACAGCGGCCUAUGGACAACGAAUCCCGUCCUACCACUCCAACGACUUCCACAAGGUGUACCAGAUCAUGGACGACCUCAACGUUGCAGCCCAGCCACUGGGUUUCAUACUAAGAGUUGUGUAG